CAGCUUGAAAUGUGAUUUGCUAAGGGAAAGAAACCUUCAAUCUUGAAAAAGAGGAAGUACAGCUAGAGAGGAACUGAAUAAGUCUGCCUAAACCACAGAGCCACUCACCAUUUUGCUCAUUUCCCCUUUGGUUCCACCAUCAACUGAGUCUGAAUCCCACUGUCUCAUGGAGCUCCUAGAGAGAAGUUUCUGUGACCAGUAGGCAAUGGAUGAGUUAGAUGCUUUGUUGGCAGAACUGGAACUAACCUCGGAGAGUUUGAGUGAAAUCGAUGCAACCCCCCCGAAAGUUUGCUUUCUUCUGGAACGUGACAACAAGGAUAAACUAGCAUCAACAGCGGCACAGGCUCGCGUCGAGCAAAACAAGAAACUGGUUACUCCAGAAAGUAAAAAGGUACAACCAGCACUGAACAACCAACAUGAUGAAGAUGCGGACAGUAUCUACAGCAAGGUGCCAACUCCGCAGCCCCUGGUCUCUUCAACUUCUUCCACCUCAGCAGCUCAGCAGCUGGAUGACCUGCUGGCUUGCUUGGGAACAAUGCAGUCCAAGACUACAUAUGGGAUAGAAGGCCCUGCAGAGCCAUCGUCAGGGGAACAGAAUGCCACUAACACCCUAGACAGCAUGUUGGAAGGCCUGACUCAGGGACUCCAGGACCUUGGUGUUGCAGCUGUGCCAAAGGGCAGUUGUGCUUCCUGCCACAAACCUAUUGCUGGAAAGGUGGUCACAGCACUUGGACAGACAUGGCACCCAGAACACUUCACCUGUGCCCACUGUAGAAAAGAAAUGGGUGCCCAACCCUUCUUUGAACGGGACAGCAAGGCCUACUGUCAGGAGGAUUAUCAUCACCUCUUCUCCCCUCGCUGUGCUUAUUGUACUGCACCCAUUCAAGAGAAAGUUCUUACAGCCAUGGAUCAGACCUGGCAUCCAGAACAUUUCUUUUGUGCCCACUGUGGAAAGAUGUUUGGGAAUGAUGGUUUUCAUGAAAAGGAUGGGAAGCCAUAUUGCCGGAGAGAUUACCUGACUCUUUUCUCUCCCAAAUGCAAAGGCUGUGACCGGCCAGUGAUGGAUCAGUAUCUGUCAGCACUGAAUGCUGUCUGGCAUCCUGAGUGCUUUGUAUGUGGGGACUGUCUCUGCAGCUUCUCCAAUGGUGCCUUCUUUGAAUUAGAUGGGCGGCCCUACUGUGAGCUUCAUUUUCACCAUCAUCAGGGAACAGUGUGCCAUGGAUGUGGGAAGCCCAUUGUUGGGCGCUGUGUCAGUGCCAUGGGGCAUAGGUUUCAUCCAGAGCACUUUAUUUGUGCCUUUUGCCUUACCCAACUGCACAAAGGUAUCUUUCAGGAGCAAAAUGGCAAAGCCUAUUGUAACUCUUGCUUCAACAAACUCUUUGUUUGAUCUUUCUGCUAGCGAUUUUUGGUCAUUAUAUUUUUGGUGUUCAUACCUUAUGUACUGGAAGAGUAUGCUACGUGUGAUACUCUGAAUAUGCACGGUCACCAUUUUGUACAGCUAGGCAAUAUGCGUAUUUUCCAACUUUGUUACAUGCGGAUACAUACCUGCAACAGCCCUGCUUUGCUCAUCGCUGUAAUGAAGCUGGAAACAUCACACAUGGUGCCCUAUUCACAUAAAAUGGUGAUGGUACAUAUUGAGAGGAUCACACAUAACAUGCUUUCCAAGUAUGUGAGGUAGGAGUACCAUGUAUAUAUAGGGUUUACACUCUAAGGAAAUUGGAUUUAUACCCCACCCUUCGCUUGAAGUCUCAGAGCAACUUACAAUCUCCUUCCCAUCCCCACAACAGACACCCUGUGAGGUAGCUGGGGCUGAGAGAGCUCUGAGAGAACUGCUCUUGAGCAGAACAGCUCUGAAAGAGUUAUGACUGACACAAGGUCACUCCAGCAGUUGCGUGUGGAGGAGUGGAGAAUUAAACUUGGUUCUCCCAGAUAAGAAUCCAUGCACUUAACCAUUACACCAAACUGGAGAAGAAGGAGGAGAUGACCUGGAAAAAGGUUAAGGAUGAAGUCUUGUGAGUGCUUACUUGGGACUCAUUCCAGUGAAUUUAGUCAGAUUUACUCCUAUGUAAAAAGGCACAAGAUUAGUGAUGGAAAAUAUUGCCAUAAUCUGAGCUGCCAUGAUACAGCAACAAACUUCAAUGGACUCUGGUGUUAGAUAUACAUUCUGCUCCACUAUAUGUUGAACACCUGUACUAAUCUUGUAUUUUAUCAAGAAUAGUUAUAGUAGCUGUUUCUUUGCAGCCUCAAGAAAGUAAUAGCUAUUCUGAACAGGUCUAGUUUCUAGGAAUUUCUUCUGAUUGGUAAUAAGCAGUUUUUUCCUCACUGGAAACCAUUCAUUUUCACCAAACCUUUCCAUACUGAUUUUUUUGUAACUAAAUCAUACUUUUUCUCCAGUCAUCAUUAUGAAUCAAAGCUUAUAUAUGUCUUUUACUUUUGCUGGGAGCAAGACUUGAAGGCUUUCUGGCACAUUGCUAGCUUUUUGAUUCUGUGGGCAUCACUAGUUGUAAAAAAGGUAAAGGCAGUCCCCUGUGCAAGCACCAGUCAUUUCCGACUCUGGGAUGACAUUGCAUCAUGAUGUUUCACAGCAGACUUUUUUAUGGGGCGGUUUGUCAUUGCCUUCCCCAGUCAUCUACGCUUUCCCACCAGCAAGCUUGGUACUCAUUUUACCGACCUCAGAAGGAUGGAAGACUGAGUCAACCUGAGCCAGCUACCUGAAACCAGCUUCUGCCGGGAUCGAACUCAGGUCGUGAGCAGAGGGCUUGGACUGCAGUACUGCAGCUUUACCACUCUGCGCCACGGGGCUCUAUUACUAGUUGACCUCACCCCAAAAAUCCAUCAUUGCAUUGGCAUUUCUCUAAAUUGUCAGGUGCCCCAGCAACUUGCUCUUUCUUUCCAACUCGCUAGUUGCCCAUUCUCUCUAUAUACAAUUUGCCUGUUCUGUUGAAUCUCAUAGAUGCAUGCAAGCAAGCAGUCAUGUGUUGCAAAUUGGUUUGGGUAGCAUUUUAUCCUUAAGUCUCCUCUCAGUAUUGCACUUUUACUGUAACAGAUACUUAAAUAAUCUUUCAUAUUUUUUGGAGCUCUAUGAACAGAAUGCAUAAAAUAAUAAAUGUGAAUAUUUGUAUUG